GGUUAGGCGGUGUGGCGAGUGCGGUCCGACUGUGGUUGUGUUGCAGGUCUGCUUGUGUUCACAACGACACGCUCCAGGCGCCUUUUCUCGCCCUUACGGUUGUGGAGCGAUGGGAAUUUGGGAGAAAUGGCAGUGAAACACAUCGGCCGAGCACUGCUGUCCCUGCUGGGGCUGCUGGCUGUCGCUAAUGCCCUGCGUUGUAACUGCACAACCUGCGAGAAGACGGGCUACGAGUGCGAGACGGAUGGCGCCUGCAUGGCCUCCACGUACACCAUCCAGGGGAAGGAGCAGCAUGUUCGCAUCUGCAUCAACCGGGACAACCUGGUUCCGCCCGGACAACCUUUCUACUGUCUGAGCGCCGAGGGUCUCCUCAACACUCACUGCUGCUACGUGGAUUACUGCAAUAGUAUCGACCUGAAGGUUCCUGUUCCCACCAAGGAGGACCUUGCAGGCGUGGGCGGCUCCUGGGGCCCCGUGGAGCUGGUGGCGGUCAUCGCCGGGCCAGUCUUUCUUCUGUGCGUGCUGCUGAUGGUCGCCGUAUUCCUGUUCCAGUAUCAUCAGAGGGCCUACAGUCACAGGCAGAGGCUGGAGGUGGAGGACCCCUCCUGCGAUCAUCUGUACUUGGCCAAGGACAAGACCUUGCAGGACCUCAUCUAUGACAUGUCUACCUCCGGAUCGGGCUCCGGCCUGCCCCUGUUUGUGCAGCGCACCGUGGCCAGGACCAUCGUGCUGCUGGAGAUCAUAGGAAAGGGUCGCUUUGGCGAGGUGUGGCGAGGCAAGUGGCGCGGAGGGGACGUGGCGGUGAAGAUCUUCUCAUCCAGGGAGGAACGCUCCUGGUUCAGAGAAGCCGAGAUCUACCAGACCAUCAUGCUGCGCCAUGAGAACAUCCUGGGAUUCAUUGCAGCUGAUAAUAAAGACAACGGCACGUGGACCCAGCUGUGGCUGGUGUCGGACUAUCACGAGCACGGCUCGCUCUUCGACUACCUGAACCGCUACUCGGUAACCAUCGAGGGCAUGAUCAAGCUGGCGCUGUCGGCCGCUAGCGGGCUGGCGCAUCUGCACAUGGAGAUCCUGGGCACUCAGGGCAAGCCUGGCAUCGCUCACCGUGACCUCAAGUCGAAAAACAUCCUGGUGAAGAAAAACGGCAUGUGUGCCAUCGCCGACCUCGGCCUGGCCGUCCGCCACGAGUCCAUCACGGACACCAUCGAUAUCGCUCCGAACCAGCGUGUGGGCACCAAGAGGUACAUGGCUCCAGAAGUGUUGGAUGAAACCAUCAACAUGAAACACUUUGACUCCUUCAAGUGUGCCGACAUCUACGCUCUUGGCCUGGUCUACUGGGAGAUAGCACGCCGUUGCAAUGCAGGAGGCAUCCACGAGGAGUACCAGCUGCCCUACUAUGACCUGGUGCCCUCCGACCCGUCCAUCGAGGAGAUGAGGAAGGUGGUGUGCGACCAGAAGCUGCGGCCCAACGUGCCCAACUGGUGGCAGAGCUACGAGUCCCUGCGUGUGAUGGGCAAGAUCAUGAGGGAGUGUUGGUACGCUAACGGGGCGGCCCGACUCACCGCCCUACGCAUCAAGAAGACUCUGUCCCAGCUCAGCGUGGAGGAGGACAUCAAGAUGUGAGAGGCCCAAAACGGAGCCGGAGACGCACAACCGCGCCCCCUUCCCCGCUGCUCUCCUCCUCGACCCCCAGACCCUCCAGAACCCCCAAACCCCCCAGGAAAGAAACACUCAAGACUGGAAAUGCAAGAAGCCCUGCCAGUUUUUAAAGCCACACUCCAAGUUGUGACAUGGCCUACCUCACCUUUUUAGCCAAAACUACUGAGACUACACCCCAGCCCCCCCCCCCCGCCACCUUGUCGUCCUUGUGUCAACCCCCCCAUUCCCCCCCCCCAUCGCCGUCCGUCUUCAUGGGCCACAGCGCCACCACUGUAAAUAUCACCUGACCUUUUGUACUUUCAUCUCCUUUGGCAGGAACUACUAUUGUACAGGGCCACGCCCCUUUUUCAGCAGCAGGUCAACCUUCUUUGGGAAUGGCUGGGAACGUUUGGAGAAACCAUGUUUGUAGUCACGGCUCACAGGACUACAAACAUGGCAUCUUGCUCAAGCAAUUGGACUAAAAACUCAGACUGUGACAGUUGUAGCUUCCUCUGUGAAUCCCGCAGGGAACCACUGGACCGCACGCACACACACACACAUAUACACACACACACACACACACACACACACACACUCCACUUCCUGCAGGGAACAUGUCUGGAUGUUAAUUUAUUUUAACUUAUUUCAUGUGGACGAACACUGAGAUGAAAGUUGAAAGGAAAGGUGAAGUCGGGUGUCUCAAAUGUUUUUUAUGUGUUCCUGUUACGUUGCCCCCCCCCCCCCCCCCAUGAUGACGUUAGACACUACUGAUGAUGAUGAUGAUGAUGGUUACCUAUGAUUUAAUGAUUUUAAACACCCUUUUUGAUGUGACUUUUUGGUACUUUUAGACCGCGUGUGUUUUGUGUUUUUAAACUGUGCCAGAAAACGACAAAAUGUUUUUGUUGUUCCUCCUCGUUGGUACUACUGACCCCCACGUUUGCUGCGACUCCUCGUCCCGUCUACUUUUAUUGUUGAACUGCAGAUGAGGAAACAUCUCCCUCUCGUCGACACUGGAAUAUUGCAAACCCAAGCCUGAUGUCAUUUGUAGUUCCUGCCAUUUUUUUUUUUUUUACCCUAAAAGAACGAGGCAGCAUUUUGUCGUAGGUCGUCAUGGAAGUCCGAUGUUUUUUACGUUGGCCACAUCGAAGUGUUCCAAUGCUUGAUCAGGUAUUUAAUGUGUCCAUGUUUGUCUGUUUUGCAUGCCCCCCCACCCCCAUGAACACCACUGUCAUGUGACCGAGGAGAACUAAGAGACAUUUGAACCAAACAAUUGCCCCCCCCCCCACCACCACCCUUUUUGUUUGUUGCCAUGGCUGUAAAACCAUUAGACAUUUUACUGUGUAAUAUUUCAAGAUGGAGAAAUCCAUGUUGUGCAAAUGUUUUCAGAAUUAGUGUAUAUAGAUGAUAUACAAUAAAUUCCUUUUUUUCUUAAAAA